GACCCGAACUGUUCGGCGCCGGUUCAAUUCCCCAGCAUGGCUGCUCCAAGAAUCUCCAGACCUGUCCCUCUCCUCCUCGCCAUCUCGCUCACUCUCUCCGGAGUGGCUGGGAACGAGAUUCUGGGCUUGAAGAUCCCCCUGGAACCCAUCCUGACGGCCAACGCGGUGUGCCUGACCUUGCCGGGUCUCAGCAAGCGCCAGCUGGGCCUAUGUGUCCGCAGCCCCGAUGUGACUGCCGCCGCUGUGCAGGGAAUCCAAGUUGCUAUUCACGAAUGUCAGCAUCAACUCUGGGACCAGAGGUGGAACUGUUCGACUCUGGAGAACGGGGGCAAGGUCCUACAGGACACGGUCAUCCUGAGCAGAGGUUUUCGGGAAAGCGCCUUCAUGUUUUCGCUGCUGGCCGCGGGGGUGACUCAUUCGGUGGCGACAGCCUGUAGCUUGGGGAAGCUCCGGGGCUGCGGUUGCGAUCUGAAGCGGCGGGGAGACGACCAGAACCUGCGCUUCAAGCUCCACCAGCUCCGGGUGCAGGCGCUGACUCAGGGCAUCCCAGUUUCCAUCCCUGAGCCCGAACAGCGUUACACCGGCCUCCAGGACUCCUGGGAGCGGGGAGACUGUAACCACGACAUCGAAUUCGGGGAGAAGUUCUCCAGGGAUUUUCUGGACUCCCGGGAAACCUCGAGAGACAUCCACGGGAGAAUGAGGUUGCACAACAACAAGCUAGGAAGACAGGCAGUGAUUGACAACAUGAAACGCAAGUGUAAAUGUCACGGCACCUCCGGCAGUUGCCAGUUUAAAACCUGCUGGCAGGUGACCCCUGAUUUUCGUCGGGUCGGGGCUGUGUUGAAGGAGCGAUUCCAGAACGCGGUCUUCAUCAGAACGCACAAUAAAAACACAGGCCAGUUUAGCCUGAAGCCCAACCGGAAGAGGAUUUACAAGGACAUGGUGUACUUUGAGAAAUCUCCUGAUUUCUGUGAGAAGGACCUUGGCACGGACUCCCCAGGCACACGGGGAAGGGUCUGCAAUAAAACGAGCCAGGGGAUGGAUAACUGUGACAGCUUGUGCUGUGGGAGAGGUCACAACAUCCUGAAGCAGAGCCGCAGUGAGCGCUGCCACUGUCGUUUCCACUGGUGUUGCUACGUGUUGUGCGACGAGUGCAGGAUGACCGAGUGGGUCAACGUGUGCAAAUAACCAUCACAAAGCUGUCCUCACCGGGCCACCUUCAUUCUCACGCAAUACAGACUCUCUCUUCCCCCGCUCCCCACCCCCCGCACCAUAUAUUUUGAUGGAUAAAAGGUGUACCCAAGUGUAACAUGACUGGGGCUGUGC